AUGUAUAGAUUAGUGUUACAUAAAUCUGUCACAGUGCCAUAUGUUAGGAGUGGUCAUCACAUUUCCCGUGUGACGUCAGACCGGCUCUGGAUCAGUGAUGGUAAAAAUCUCAUCUUGACAAACACAGCAGGUGAUAAACUACAUCAACUGACAGAUAUACGUAGUUAUGGUUAUGGAGUACAUACAGUGACAAGUGACAGUGAUUUAAUUUAUAUAGACAGUGACGGUAACAUCAACAAACUGUCUACAGAUAACAGAGUAAAGACUACAUUAAUAAAGUACAACACAGCACCAUGGGAACCACUGUGUGUCUACAGCUCCCCCUCCACUGGAGACCUGCUGGUCGGGAUGUUUUACUACACUAAUUUUACAUAUACAGGCAAGGUAGUGCGGUAUAACUCCACAGGAGAACACAUACAGACCAUACAAUAUGACAUCAUCAACAAAGGUCAGAGACUGUAUUGGAGACCUAGCUAUAUCAAAGAGAACCACAAUGGUGAUGUUAUUGUGUCUGACUGGCUCCGUGCUGUAGUGGUGACAGAGCAUGGUGGUAAACACCGCUUCUCCUACACAGGACCUCCAUCAGGAUCAGAACUAUCACCACAAGGAAUCUGUACUGACGCGCUGUCACACAUCCUGGUGUGUGAUUAUAACACCCAUACAGUACAGAUGAUUGAUAAAAACGGACAAUUCCUAUCACAGAUAGAGACACCACAACACGGGACAUAUACACCAUACGGCCUGAGUUAUGAUUAUGAAAGACAGCUUCUCUGGAUUGGAUCAGAGAACAACAACACAGUGAACAUAUACAGACUUAUCAAUGGAGUUGACAAUCUGACUGAUAAAAUUGAUGAGUUGAAGAAGUUCUUGAGAAAGGAGAAGACGAAGAUUUCCCAUGCCAGAGGAAUACUUGUUGGGUGUGCUGAGGCUGGAAAAACAACACUGUUGAAGCGAUUAAGAGGGCAACAUCAGAAUAUCAGUGAAGUUACAAAGUCAACCAGGGGGCUGGAAGUCCAUCAACACCUCUUCAUCGUUAAAGAAGGAAUUUUAGAAGUAGCUAAUGAUGACUCACCAUUGAAGACAUUUAUAAGGAUAAAUACCGCAGAUCUGAAUCCAAAUGUGAGCAGUGCAGGUGACCUCUCCAAUUCAAAUGAAAAUAGAGACAAUUGGAGACUGAAAAGUUCUGAAAAAGAAACUGAAGUAAUUUAUAGCAGAGAAGAAGAGAAAGAAAGGAAUGUAGAGUUGUCUAGUUCACCAACUGAAGGCAAAGAAGAAGUCAAUACAGUAGAGGUAAUGGCAAGUGUUCUCUCCUCAGAAGCACAAAAAUUGGUGAAAAAUGAAAUUUUUCAGAAAAUCUUAUCUGAAAAAGAGAACUUACCAACUGUUAGCAUGCUGGAUUUUGCUGGACAGUUAGCGUAUUAUGCCUGUCACCAAAUUUACGUAACACCAAAGGCCUUUUUCAUCCUUGUGUUGGACAUGACUAAGAAGUUUGAAGAUGUUGUCGAUAAAGAGAAAGAUAAUCAAGAAGGAUCCAUUUUCUCGGUGUGGACAUACAAAGACUACCUAAAGUUUUGGAUAACCUCAAUCAAGACAUUUGGAGGCACUAAGGCGCCUGUGUUCGUUAUUGUCACACAUACAGAAAGAAAAUCUACGGAUGAAAUAGAGAAAUACUUUGAAGAGUUCUGGAAUGCUGUACCAGAAGAGGACAGAGAUUGGUUAAGUGAGUCUCUGAAUGAUCGUAAUUAUGCCGUGGGUCUAGUUGAACUAAAUGACAAUACAAAGAAAAUGCUAGAAUCAAUGAAAAAGUCCAUAGUCGAACUAUUUUCGGACGAGGUCAACACAAAAAUUGAAAUCCCUUCUUCGUGGGCUUUAAUGGAACAGUUAUUAUAUGAUGGAGCCUGGAAGGUUUUGUCUCUUGCUGAAAUUUGGAGGCUCAACUCAUCUCUUCCUGGUGAAUACCAAAUUAAAAGUGAUGAGGAAAUGUCUACGUUUUUAAAGUGUUUCCAUGACAAUGGCCUUCUUUUGUAUUUUGAAGAAGAGAAACUGAGGAAACAUGCAGUACUGGACAUUCAAUGGUUUGCUAAAGCUUUCAGCAAGAUUAUUGCUGAUAAAAACCAUGUCAAUAAAGACUGCAAAACGAGAUUAAUCAAAGAGUGGAAAUCCUUCAAUAAAACGGGGGAACUGAAAGAUAAAGUGAUAGUUGCUUUAUGGAAAGAUGAACCUUUAUACCUGACACACAAAAGUGAAAUUAUGUCGUACAUGGAGAAGCUUCAAAUGCUCGUACCUUUGGAGUCUUUCGGGGCUGUAUCAAAAGGUGACAUGUCAUGGUAUAUCCCGUGUAUGAACAAAAAGCAGUUUAAAGCUAAGUUUUGUGAAGAUAAAUGGGAAUGCUCAUCCAUUUUGUGUUUUCAAUUCACUUCUUUUGCCAUGUUUGUGUUCUACAGACUGGUAGCAUACUGCAUAAGUUUUCUAAGAUGGAGUGUUUCAACAGAUGGAGAUAAGGAAGGAUGUCUAUGUCUUUAUCAAACAGCAGCAGUGUUUGAUCACAAGGAACACACUGUUGUUGUUGGCAUAUGUAAUGAUGAAAUUCAACUACAAGUGUUGCGAAUCAGACCAUUGGCUGUAGAUAAAGAGAUAUCAAAUGAAAUUGGAGGCUCCAUUGAACAGUCCAUAGAAAAAUUGACAGAAACAUUUAUUGACACAAAGAUUUUCCGUAAAGGAUUCAAAUGCCAAAACGUUAUUUGUUGUGAGAAUGAUCAGUCAUUCACCCUUGCACGUGAACUCUCAAAAAUCAAGGCUAAAGAAACGCAGUGCAAGUGUCGAUUUCAGGAGAAACAUGUGAUAAAUGUAGAAACCACUCUCGGGUUCUGGGAAAAGAGAAAUACAAGUGAUCCCAGCGCUCUAAAAGCCUCUGGACAAGACCUUGAAGGCAGAUCUAGAUUUGCAAAACUUGGAAUGUCAACAAACGAUGUGUUAAAUCAGGCUUACAGAGAUAUACUAGAAUUGGAGAUCCCUCCUUCUGAUAUUGAAAACAAAGUGAAUUCAUCACCAAACAAAAAGAAAAUGAAUCUGAACCAAGAUCAAGAAGAUCUUCUGAAAAAAGCAAAACAUUCUGGAUAUAAAGUGUUUGAUAUUUCAUUAACAUACAAGUUGAUAAGAAACAUUUGUUCAACGAUCCCUAAACCAACAAAAGGAAAAUGGGGAGAAAACAGCAUGCCUGCAGCAGGAGACAUAACAGUAGGUGAUGACAUCGAGAGAAUUAGGUUAAUCCGAAAUAGUUUGACUGCACAUGUGAGUUCAGCCUCCACUACUCAGACAGAAUUUGAUGACACCUGGUCGACGAUGUCAGAUAUCUGUCAAAGACUAGAAACCUUCACUGGAAAAAAGUACUUGGCUAGUCUUAAACACAUUCAUAAACUGAGUUUGAAAGAGGAAGGUGAAGAUGCAAUAAAAGCUAUUAUAGAAAAGUUUGUCAAGGAUCAACAUGAACAAUUGAAAACAGUCGUGUCAGAUGUUCAAGAAUUAAAGUCGAAUGUGCAACAAGUCAUGUCUGAUAUGAGGACAUUUAAACGAAAUUGA